AUGGCUAAUUGUCAAAAGUCGUCGAGUAUGGAUGUUAGCUGGGCUUUUAUAUGGAACAUUAAGGCUCCCCCCAAAAUUAAAUAUUUCCUUUGGUUGCUGCAACAAGAUAAACUCUUAACAAAUGAUCAAAGAGUUAAAAGGAAGAUGACCAUGACUGCCAAUUGUGAUAUUUGUGGUGCCCCAAUGGAGAAUGCAGCUCAUAUUGUACAGAAUUGCCCAGUGGCAAUUUCAGUUUGGCAUCAGUCCCUUAUGCCUAUGAAUCUGAGUUUGCUGCAGGCUGUUGAUCUUCAUACUUGGGUUGCAAAAAAUUUACACAACUCUACAAUUUUGGCUUAUGGAGUGGAGUGGUCAACCAUGUUUGCUUUCACUUGUUGGUUUCUUUAA